CACGAGCAGCGGACCAUCUGAUUUGAUUAGCGCUGUUACUACCACUGAAGGAUUGCAUGAUACGAGUACUCUGUCACCUGAUUCAAACGAUAGAGAUGCGCUCUCUACAUUGGCAUUCAAUUUAGAUCAGGGAAUAGGGCGUGAAUGAGUACGUCAGUAUAUCAUUCGAAUAUGUUGUACCUUCAACAUGGAGGUGGAGAAGCUGAAUUGCGACGUGAAUUGAUAGUUGAUCACGAUGAGACAAAACUGCUUCGGCCAUUUCGGAUACUGGCAUCUCUGCUGCAAGAAGUGAAGAAGAUGUUUCAAGAGCAUAGGUCAUCCGAAAUUGAGAACCUAUAUCAGUUAUUUGCAGCAUACGGUGGACCUGUCAUCAUAGUGCUUGAUUUGACUCUACAAGAUAGUGGCCGCUGCAGCAAGGUGUAUCAGUCAAUGAGGAAUAUCGCCAACCAGAAGAUCAGGCUACUGAGAUCGCAGAUGACCAGGCACGCCCACAAAGGUGCACCGCCGGAUGUAAUGCGCGACAUCGACAACUCGGAGCUAAAUCAUUGGGACAAUCUUUGCGAUAGUACCGAUGUAGUAACAGCCCGAACGCUACACGACCGUUUCGAUGAUCUCAUCCACGGGCUGAUGUGCCCAUCGGCCUCACUAAGCGACCUGGAGUUGGCGAUACGACGUUUGCGUAUAUUUCUAACCUUCGAGAUAGACAGUCUUGGCCUGGAAUCAUCGACCGCUGUUCUCACACGCGAGCUCUCCCACUGCAGUCUGGGACAUAGCUCGUUCAGCAAUGACAGUACUGAUGUGCGUGUGUCCGUAGGAAGUGUGGGUGGAAUGCCUCAGAUACGCGCAUGCGCAAAUACCAGUUUUGAGGAUUCCUUCAAUGCUGAUGAUGGUUCCAUCAAUCGCAACGGAAGGGGUGCGGUUAAUUGUAUGCCGUUGGUUAUGUCGCAUGAAGACCUGACCCACACGACCAGAAGUAGUCUCAGUAGUACGUACACGUCGUCUCAUUCGUCGGGGAACGGCCUGGAGUAUUUUGGAUCUUCGAAUACAUCGGCCUCGGGUAACACACCUGUGCUGCAAUCGCACUCGUCGUACGUGGGUGAAGCCGGCAAGGGCGCCUACAGAACACAGCAAAUGCACCAAUCCCAAAACCAGCGAUUAAUGAUGCAACAAAAUUGGGGUACUAACGACGAAUUUGAUGAUUUGUGUGACGCUGAUAGCUUUUCUCAGCAUGCCGAUGGCAACUGGCUGAGCAAAACUGAGCUACCUCGCCGACCAUUCAAGUCGCGCGAAUGUGACUUCUUCAAGCAGGGUAAAUGUAGCAAGGAAGUCUGCAAUUUCGCACACGGUAACAAGGAGAAAGAUUGGUGGACCGCUUUAUACCAAGGCAUGAUUCCAUGUAAAACCCCUGGGUGUCUGGGCCGUGCCAACGGGUGUCUGAGUGCGCACUCGCCAGAUGAGCAGCUCGCAAGUAAGUUCCGCUACGAAGAUACAGUGAACACCGUUACAGUACAGCCUGGUCGUGGGGAUAGAGUGGGGAGCGAAUGGUCCAAUGGAGGUGUCGGUAUGUCCCCCCAGAACGCUGGCGGUGCGAUUAGUCAAUAUGGAACGCAUAGAAAUGUAUAUAUUACUCAGAGCAACGAAGCUUCCGCCACGGCCUUGCUCGGUGACAAUCCCGGCGUAUCCAAUAUGCAAGAUGGGCUUAGUAGCCAUGGCGGGAAGUUGAAUACGCCGGCAUGUGCCUCUCACGGAUUGUAUAGUUGGGAUGAUCCGCAGGCGUCUUCACCUCAUGACAGCCACAACUGGCUGGGUAAGAACGAUCUCCCACGCCCUUUCCGGUCUAAGAAGUGCGAUUUCUUUGCCUCGAGUGGUCUGUGUAUCAAACCAGUAUGCAAUUAUGCGCACGACAAGACCGAGAUGUUAUUUUGGAGCGAUCUCUUCCAGACAAUGUUCCGAUGUAACAAUAAGGGCUGCACCGGCAAAGGUUUGACCACAGACAGAGUGAAAUUCGUAUGCACUUACUCCCACUCCCCUGAGGAGCAACUCAGCAACAUGCAGGCCUACGAGACUGCUGUGGCGAAUGCGAAGGUCUACUCUCGCCAGCCGCCUGGAACUAGUGGUGGCAACGGAACAUCCGCCAAUGGGUCUGCUGAUACUACCAACAGCACACCCAACCAGAACGAUUCCUGUGUACAGCCGCAGCAACAGCAAUUUAGAACACAGAGGCUCGGGGGCCGAGAGGAUAGUGAGGCCAUGCAGCCUGGCAGCAAGAAUACUGCCAUGAUAGGUCGAGCAAUGUGGACAGGGGCAUCCGCGACUGUACAUCCGCAACAAAUGCAGCACUACACGCACCAGCAAACCCCCUUUAACCUGGCCGGCACCAGCGUCAACCUGAGCGAGCGCUUAGGAAGCUCAGGUGGAGAGCCGACCUAUAGUAUGAAUGGCCUGGGCACUGCAACAAACAAAGGGGCUGGAAGUCACAGAGGAGAUGCCAUGGUCAACGGAAAUAGCGCACCGUGCCGUCCGGAGUACACUCUCUCGUCGGACCACAUUGGUGUUAAGGACGUGUAUAAGUCAGAUGGGUCGGGUUAUGGAAUGCGGUGGUAGCUGCAAUGGGUGCUGAGUGGGUUAUGGCCCGAGAAGGCUAGCACCGUUGAUGGAGUUGGUUAUCGGCCUGUUCCUCUUACCUUGGAAUAGGAGAAGCAAAAGUGCUGGUGGUUGUACAAAGUGCACGACUGUGCAGACUGUGCCACUUGAUAAGAAUGUGAAUAGAUCUAUGCCAAAAAUGAAAACAUUGGCGUGCCUAUAGUGAGUACACGGGGUGAUGUGCCGUGUUAGUUAGGAAUUCGGUACAGAAUUGAAUAGUAGUGAUUUUGUUUAUAGAAACUAUGGGAGUGUAAAGAGCGAAGCGAGGAAUAUUGCCUUAAAAUAGAAACCGCUUCCGAAGUGUCACAUCUGAGGGGAUACAGAUGUAUUGUCCGCUAUUUUCUGAGGUUUCUCAGACAACAGAAGAGUGGGAUAUGUUUGGGGAGGUGACAGUAGUAAGUAAAUGGUAUGAUUAUGGUAUGGAAUAUGAUAAAAAGGAUUGUGAAAUAUAAUAAAUUAAAAAAGUAUUACUG